ACCUACACUUGCCGGUCAAAUCUCGCCUUCAUUUCUAUCUUUGUUCCUUCCACACAGUUUUCACUUUCUUCUAAAUCCAAAAGUACUCACAAACUUUCUCUCUCUCUUUCACACACACCUAAGCUAUAAACCAGAUCAACCCUACCUCUCUCCACUUCUCUCACUAGUGUUAAGUUCGAGUUUGUGGCGUGUGAGAGAUGAAGGAUUUGAGCAUUUGAGAGAUCAACUCGUUUGGUAUAUGGAGAAGAAGGAGAUGGUCGUGAAGACUGAGGAUGCGGUUGGGUCCUCUUCCUUCCCUUGUUAUAAUUCAAACGUUUAUCCAUUCUCGAACGCCUUUGAUUUCUCUGAGGUGGAAAAGAGCUCUUUAGGGUUUAUGGAGCUACUGGGUGUGCAGGAUUACAGUCCUCUGCUUGAGUUGCCUCAACUUUCAACCGUUUCUGUGCCUCAUCACUCUACAGUUAAGGCUCCACCUGAUAACGGAAAAGAGUGUUCCGAGGUGUUGAACCACCAACCCGCCACUCCGAACUCUUCUUCUAUUUCAUCUGCAUCCAGUGAUGCUGUCAAUGAUGAACAGAAUAAGACUCUAGACCAAGUUGAAGAAGAUGACGAUGAAGAAGAAGAAGGACAACAAAAGACUAAGAAACAGUUGAAGGCCAAGAAGACAAAUCAGAAGAGACAGAGAGAACCAAGAUUCGCGUUCAUGACGAAAAGCGAGGUCGAUCAUCUGGAAGAUGGGUACAGAUGGAGGAAGUACGGUCAAAAGGCCGUGAAAAACAGCCCUUUUCCCAGGAGUUACUAUCGUUGCACCAGUGUUUCAUGUAAUGUGAAGAAACGCGUGGAGCGAUCUUUCACUGAUCCAAGCGUGGUAGUCACAACCUACGAAGGCCAACACACACAUCCAAGCCCGGUUAUGCCUCGCUCAGGUGUCCCCGCUGGAUACGCUACCAACUUUGCUUCAGUUUUUCCACAAGCAGGAAACUACUUAUCCCACUAUCAGGAGCAGCAGCAGCACCAACAGCAACAACUUAUUUUCAACACAUUGUCCUUUUUGGGUUUCCCUUACAAUGAUUCUUCCACUUCAAAGAACGCGGGUUUUACUCAAGAGAGACGGCUUUGUAAUCCGGGGACGAAUGCAUUUCUAAGGGACCAUGGACUUCUUCAAGAUGUUGUUCCCUCACACAUGUUGAAAGAAGAGUAGAGAUGAUAACUCCAUUACUCAUGCUUCUAUGUGGUUUAUUUUUUUGCUGACUUUUUCCUAUGAGAGUUAGGUGAGAACUCUAGUAAUGGUACAUGUAAUUUUUCUUCCUGACCGAUGGUAAUAUUAGUGAUCAUGAUCAUAUAUAUAUAUACACUUGUAAAACCCAGUUUAUAGCUUUUUGCACAUAUAGCCCAUGGAUCAUUACUAUGUCUGUAUAAGAAGAUGGAUUAUGAUCUAAUGCAGGGAGUACUCCUA